GCGUGGGUGGGGGGGGUGUGGACAGCUUGUGGUUCCAUGCCGUUGAAUCGAUUGUAGAAGGUCGCAGUCUAGUGAAAUUACGGCUUGUGGAUUGGUGCGGGGGGUUUUUCUAUGGUAAUUUCUGGUCUCUGAGUGAUGGUGUCGGCGAAUGAUCCGAUCGAGUCGUUGUUCAACACGAUUCAAGCGUUCCGGGGCGCUCUGUCGCCCCUGGAGUCUGGCAUCAGGAGAGCCGCGAGGGACAUUGAGUCCUGCUGGCCCGGUUCCAAUUCGAAGCGGAGGGGGAGCAACGGGGUGGAGCUGAUUGCUCAGUUCGAUGGGUGCGAUAGGAGCGGUAAGUUCCAGAUCGGUGUGCUGAAGAGGAAGGGCGCUCAGAGCGUGGUCAGCGACGAGAAGAAGAAGGGCUUCUCCAUUAAAGUCCCCAUCAAGAACAUCGUCGGAGCGUUUGCCCAGAAUCUGGGGGGUCGAGAUGGGUUAGAUGGCAGGAAGGGGGGCAAGGAAAGGGAUGUGGAUAAAGGGAGGGAUGGUGACGAGUCGUGCGCGAAUUGCUUGCAGUUCGCGGUGCAUUUCUCGUUUCUGGCGAAUAGCUUCGUCCAGGCAUUUCCUAGUCCCUUCAAAGGGAGCAAGAAACGGUUGCAGAAACAUUUGGAUGAAGAGAAGGGGGGUUGUGAUGUAAAGUGUAAGGCUUCACUGUCUGAGCUGAGAGGGAGGGAGUCGAAGCGGCGGCACGUUAGAGCGGCCGAGAAAGAUAAAGAUGUUGGGGUUAAUAAGGAAGACAAGCACAUGCCACUCGAAUCGAUCGAGUGCUUCUUGGGAUUUAUUUUGGAUCAGUUGGCACAGAACCUUCAUAAAUUCGAUCAAGUGGUGCAGCAGGAGUUCGAGGGCGAUGGUUCGAAAGCGUCCCCUGCAGUAGAUCCUCCAGAACAAUUUAGUCACCUGAGGGCUGUCGCUAGCAUCUGGGAAGGUCGAAAAGCGGACGUAAAUGGUUUUCUUGGAAACUUGAGGUUCGCGAGAGUGGGAGGUGUUCCACCAAGUCUUGUCGGGGUUGCUUCUUCGGUUAAAGAAGAGACCGACGAUGGAGUUGCGAAUGGGAGUAGAGAUGAAUCGAACAGUGGCACUUCAGCGCAGAAGUUGGCUGGCGGCUUACUGAGCAUUCCAUUAUCAAAUGUGGAGCGUUUGAAAUCUACUUUGUCUACCGUGUCUCUGACAGAGCUUAUUGAACUUGUGCCCCACAUUGGUCGACCUUCUAAAGAGUAUCCGGACAAGAAGAAGCUAUUCUCUGUACAGGACUUCUUUAGAUACACAGAAUCUGAAGGGAGAAGGUUCUUCGAGGAGCUGGAUAGAGAUGGUGAUGGCCAAGUGACAUUGGAGGACCUAGAGAUUGCUGUGAGAAAGCGGAAAUUGCCCCAGAGAUAUGCUCGUGAAUUCAUGCGUCGUACAAGGAGUCACUUGUUCUCGAAGUCAUUUGGUUGGAAGCAGUUUUUAUCAUUAAUGGAACAGAGGGAACCGACAAUCCUUCGAGCUUACACUUCUCUCUGUUUGAGCAAGUCUGGGACACUCCAGAAGAGUGAAAUUUUGGAAUCACUAAAACAUGCAGGACUUCCAGCAAACGAAGACAAUGCUGAUGCUAUGAUGCGAUUUCUUGAUGCAGACAAACGAGGAUCCAUUGCAUAUGGACAUUUCAAAAACUUUAUGCUUUUGCUUCCAUCCGAUCGACUCCAAGAUGAUCCUCGAAAUGUCUGGUUUGAAGCUGCUACUGUUGUUCCUGUUGCACCCCCUGUGGAAAUACCUGCUGGAAGUGUUCUUAAAUCUGCAUUGGCUGGUGGACUAUCCUGUGCACUGUCCACCUCUUUGAUGCACCCAGUCGAUACAAUAAAGACGCGAGUGCAAGCUUCGACACUCUCUUUUCCAGAUAUCAUUGCAAAGCUCCCACAAAUUGGAGUGCGCGGAGUAUACAGGGGUUCUAUACCUGCCAUUCUCGGACAGUUUUCAAGCCAUGGCCUUAGAACAGGAAUAUUCGAAGCCAGCAAGCUCCUAUUGAUAAAUGUGGCGCCAAAUCUCCCAGAUAUCCAAGUCCAAUCUCUAGCAUCAUUUUGUAGCACUUUUCUUGGGACAGCAGUGCGGAUUCCUUGUGAGGUCCUAAAGCAGAGGUUGCAGGCCGGAAUUUUCGAUAAUGUCGGGGAGGCUAUUGUUGGUACCUGGCAGCAUGAUGGUCCUAAAGGCUUUUUCCGGGGUACUGGUGCUACCCUUUGUCGAGAGGUUCCAUUCUAUGUUGCUGGCAUGGGACUUUAUGCUGAGUCAAAAAAGCUUGUCCAGCAUCUUCUGGGUCGGGAGUUGGAGCCGUGGGAAACAAUUGUUGUUGGAGCUCUAUCAGGCGGGCUAGCUGCUGUUACUACCACACCCUUUGAUGUCAUAAAAACAAGAAUGAUGACUGCUCCACAGGGUCGACCGGUAUCAAUGACUAUGGUAGCUUUCUCAAUACUACGUCGUGAGGGCCCUCUAGGCUUAUUUAAAGGGGCAGUGCCCAGAUUCUUUUGGAUAGCUCCGCUGGGAGCCAUGAACUUUGCAGGCUAUGAGCUUGCAAGGAAGGCCAUGGACAAAAAUGAGGAGGUAGCUGCUACCAACGCUUUGUCUCAGAAGAAGCUAACCAAUUCUGGGUGAGGUUUUUGACCGAAGAUUUUACCACAUAUCCCAAUCAUAUAGCAUGCUAAUGCCGCCGGGAAAUUUUGAAUUUUCUUCUCCACACUUUUUAACAGUUUUCAUCUGUCGACAUCUCUGGAUACAAUUUUGUCAGUAACUGUGAUGUAGUUUUCUGCCCUUGGUGACAGUGCAACUGUUCUGCUUUAAGUUUUGUAAUGUACUCAAAAUUCUCUCUUUUGUACAUUUGUGCAGUUAUUUCGAUCAAGUUCAAUUUA